CUCCACCGCAACACCUUAGAAUCACUCCCCAGAAUCAAUACCCAAUAAAUACCCAGCAGCUCUUGCCACGUGUCCAUACUCUCCCUUCUCGUCGAUCUAUACGUUAACCCUAACAUCUCUCUCUCUCUCUCUCCUGCGAAUCCUCCAUUGAAGAAGAGAAGAGAACUCAAGAUCACAAAUUUCCCAAAAAAUAAAAAAAAUUUGAAAAAUGGGAAAGCUUAUAUGUGAUUCGAUGACCUCAUCACUGUGGAGGGACCCAAUCUCAGCUCCAUCUCUAGAUUCAAUCGAAGCCGUAGAUCUUGCUGACCAGACAUCGACGACCACCACAUGGGAAAACGUGUCCGGCUUAGAAGACCAGCAAAAGAGCCAUCUACGGAGGCUCCACGCUAAGGGAGUCCUGUGGAAGCACCCAGGGGAUGAGUCCUCGUCGGUUGUGUUCCGGUUGAGUCACGGGGGCGACGUGGAGGCCGACGGGAACUGUCUCUUCACGGCGUCGCAGAAGGCGAUGGGAUCGACGGCGGCGAAGAUCGAUCCGAGAGAGCUGCGGCGGCGGACGGCGAGAAGGUUUUUGGAAGAUCUUGGAUCUGUUGUGAGCGUUGAGGAGACAAGUGCGAUUGAUGAUGCGAUUAAGCAUAUGUAUUCUCCGGAUCUCAAGUCUGGUUGGGGUAUUCAUGUUGUUCAGGAGGUCAAAUUAUUGGCUAAGAAGGAAGAUCGGGAGGGCUUGGAUUCAGCUAUCGAUGAGCUCGUUAGUCUUGGGAUGCAAAGAGAGUUCGCUGCUGAGUCCAUUUACAAGGAGAGAUGUAUUGCAGUGGAUGACGGCCUGAGUUGGGCCAAGUACAUGUCAAUCUCUGGUUCACCUGAUGAUGAAUAUGAUAUCAUCACUUUGCAAUACACUGAGGAAGGUUUAUUAACUAUAGAUGAGAAUAGAGAAGGUCAUGCUGCUGCAUUUGGAGACGAUAUAGCAAUAGAGUGUCUUGCAAGUGAAUUCAAAAGAGAGAUAUAUGUGGUGCAAGCACAUGGAUCAGAUGCCAUGGUUGAUGAAGAAAAUUGUGUUUUCUUCCUCCCACAUCGGCCAAGGAGUCAAAUUUGUGAACCUCCCUUCUUUCUCUUCAUGAAAGGAACAGGUUGGUGUGGUGCUGGAGGCGACCAUUACGAGCCCCUUAUUGCUCAUCCUUCAUCAGUCGUUUCCCAAGAAAAGGUUGCAUUGGUACUUUGAGAUUGUUAGUCUGGAAGUUUUGUGGGUUAGAGAUUGAAUCAAAGUAGUUAUCCAAUUUUUUCUCCAAAUUUUUAGCAUGCAAUCUUGUUCUCCUGUUCUUGACACAACGAGAAUUUUCAUUGUGUUGGAUUCAAUUUUUUUUUUUUUUUUGUCAGCACUAUUUAGAAAGAUUUGGUUAGUUUCCGCUCUAACUUGCGGGUUUUUGUGCCUGCCCUUGAGCAACCCUGUAGCAGCGUAUUUGCAGUAGUAGUUUCAUUGGCUAAUGACGAUGUUGUUGAAGAUGAGUUUUUCUUGAGGGAAUUUUUUUUUUGAUGAAU